CUGCACUAUGGGACCCUCCUGGGCAGCAGAGCUUGUGUCCACAUGGCAGCAGCUGCCUGGGGCAGUGGGUUGCUCAAUGCUGUGCUGCACACGUCCAAUACAUUUUCACUACCACUCUGCCAAGGCAAUGCCUUGGACCAGUUCUUCUGUGAAAUCCCACAGAUCCUCAAGCUCUCCUGCUCAGACACCUACCUCAGGGAAGUUGGACUUCUUGUGGUUAGUUUCUGUUCAGUCUUCGGGUGUUUUGUUUUCAUUGUGCUGUCCUAUGUGCAGAUCUUGAGGGCCGUGCUGAGGAUCCCCUCUGAGCAGGGACGGCACAAAGCCUUUUCCACGUGCCUCCCUCACCUGGCCGUGGUCUCCCUGUUUCUCAGCACUGGAGUGUUUGCCCACCUGAAGCCCCCCUCCAUCUCCUCCCCAUCCCUGGACCUGGUGGUGGCAGUUCUGUACUCGGUGGUACCUCCAUAUCUCUAUAAUAAAAUGGGAUCUCCCCUGCACGCUGCCUGCAUGGUUGGCUCGUCUUCUGAAGCUGAUGUUAAAAAGAACAAGACUCAAAAUGGCCCAUUGAUCCAUGGAUUUGGGAGCAAAAAGCUCCUCGUCACUUCAUGA